CGCGAGCAGUCGAAAUAUUCAAAAUGUGCAAAAUAAAAAUCAAAACAGUUCUUUUCUUAAUAGUACUUGAAAUAUUCUUUGUGACCAUAGCUGCCUUCGAAGAGACGUGCGAAUCGGACCGAAAUAUGGAAGAACAGUGCCGCUUGCAUAACUAUAAGACUGUGAAACCAUUGCUUGAUUAUUUUAGGCAAGUUCGAAAUGAGUUAGAAGACAGUGAAAUUAAGGAAAAGAAGUUAAAUGAAUUGAAUUCUAAUCUUAUAGAAAAGUAUCAUGAAAUUGUAAGAAUUCAUGAAAAAUUCAUGAAGGACGAAGCUCUAUUAGAUAAGUAUAAAAACAAACUACUUAAAGGGGAAAACGAUUUGCAAUUGAGUCAAAAUAAAGUUGAGAAAUUACAAUCUGAAAUUAAUUCAAAACAAAAUAUUAUUCUUAAAUUAGAAGGACAAUUAACAGAUAAAUCCACCAACUUAGAAAAUUGCGAACUUCAAUUCAAAAAUCUUAAUUCUAGCUUAAUUGAAAAAGAUGAAAAAAUAAAGAGAUUUAGUGAGAAUAUUCAAAAUAAUACUGAACAUCAGAAAACACUUGAGUUGAAAUUAGAGAAGAGUAAAUCUAAAUUAAUAAAGCAAGAUAAAGAUAUUCAGUUAUGCCAAUCUGAAAUUGAUACAUUGAACAGGAAAUCAGAAAAUAUCAGUGAACGACAGAAAAAAAUUGAAUUGCAAUUCAAAGAUAGUCAAACUAAGCUAAUAGAUAAAGUGAAAGAAAAUCAGUUAUGUCAAUCUGAACUUGAUAAGUUAAGACCCACUUCUUGCAUCCCUUUCGGAGAUUCAGAUGUUCAUAAACUCAAUGUUUCUGGCAUAGGUUUCUUCGAUGUUUUAUGCGAUAGUCAGUUAGCUGGACCUGGAUGGAUUGUAAUACAACAACGAGUUGGGGGAAAUGAGAGUUUCAAUAGGGAUUGGGCAACGUAUCGCAAAGGUUUCGGUUCUUAUAAGAGCGAUUUCUUCCUCGGACUAGAGAAAAUACAUCGUAUCACGAGUUUGCAGCGAUUCGAACUUUAUAUACAUUUGGUUGCUGUGAAUGGAAGUGUUUUUAAUGCUCGAUAUGACGACAUCAAAAUAUCUGAUGAAGACAGUGGAUAUAAACUGAGUUUGGGUAAAUUCAGUGGAACUAUUAAUAAGAAUUCGAUGAGAACCUGCGAGGAUGAGAAAUUCACAACAUUCGAUCGCGACAACGAUACGCAUUUAAAAGACAACUGUGCGAAAUUGUACAAAAGUGGCUGGUGGUAUACGCAUUGUUAUAAUUGGUAA